CGUCCGUUGAACAACUAUUUUUCGUGUAGAUUUGCAUUUGGUGUUUACGCUCUCGAAUACGACUUGCCGAAUUUUUCGCAGAGAGAGAGAGAUCCAAACCUGCGACAAAUCCAUGUCCAGGCUUGACAGUCCAGAACAUUGAAUAACGGUCUGGCAAGAGAGCGUGGAGAAGGCAAAAUGCGAGCAGUUGACGGGAUCUUGGGUAGCAGAGGUGUUGAAGAAGGCAAAACAGUCUCACGACUGUGGUUGAAGAGAAAAGAGAGAUGGCUAGUAGUUCUGGGCGUUAUACUCCACGCAGUGUACAUGCUUAGCAUCUUCGACAUUUACUUCAAGACACCCAUUGUACACGGCAUGGAUCCCGUUAGCCCUCGAUUCAAACCCCCCGCCAAGCGUCUCGUUCUCAUCGUUGCUGAUGGUUUACGUGCCGACAAGUUCUUCGAGCCAGAUUCUGAAGGACAAUUCAGAGCGCCUUUUCUUAGGAGUGUGAUUAAAGGACUAGGUCGUUGGGGAGUAUCUCAUGCUCGCCCUCCAACAGAAUCGAGGCCUGGUCAUGUUGCCAUUAUUGCUGGCUUUUAUGAGGAUCCUAGUGCAGUUACCAAAGGCUGGAAAGCAAAUCCUGUUGAAUUUGACUCAGUAUUUAACAGGAGCCAACAUACAUUCGCUUUUGGUAGUCCAGACAUUAUUCCAAUCUUCUGCAGUGCUUUGCCACACAGCAGCUGGAAUACGUAUCCUCAUGAAUUUGAAGACUUCGCAACAGACGCAUCCUUUUUGGAUGAGUGGUCAUUUGAACAGCUCCGCAGCCUUCUGAAAAGGUCGAAGGAUGAUCCUAAACUGAACCAGUUGCUUCUACAGGAUAAUGUGGUUAUAUUUCUGCACCUACUUGGUUGUGAUUCAAACGGUCAUGCACAUCGGCCAUAUUCAUCAAUUUAUCUCAAUAAUGUCAAGGUUGUUGAUCAUAUAACAGAGAGAGUUUAUAAUCUUCUAGAAGAUUUUUUCAAGGACAAUCGGACAGCUUAUAUUUUUACAGCAGAUCAUGGAAUGAGUGACAAAGGAAGUCAUGGAGAUGGACAUCCUACAAACACUGAUACUCCACUUGUAGCUUGGGGAGCAGGAGUUAAGCAUCCCAAACGGAUGGUCCACCAUAGUCAUCCUGAUGAUGGUUUUCGUUUUGUUGAUGAGCAUAUGCAUGACAUGCCGACACCUAUGGGGUGGGGUCUCACUGGCUUAGAAAGGGUGGAUGUGAAUCAAGCUGAUAUUGCACCACUAAUGUCGACUCUUCUUGGGUUGCCAUGUCCUGUUAACUCCGUUGGGAAUUUGCCCAUGGAUUACAUGAAUUUGAGUGAGGAAGAUGAAGUUGAAGCUGCACUGGCUAACACAAAGCAAAUUCUCAAUCAAUUCCUUCGCAAGUCACAUAUAAAACAAUCACAUUCUUUAUAUUUCAAGCCUUUCAAACCGUUGGAAAAUUAUUCCUCUGUUUUAGAACGGAUUGAAGAUCUAAUAUCUAGGAAAAACUAUGAAGAUGCAAUGAAGCUAUCCCAGAAUCUCAGAAGUUUAUCACUGGAAGGGCUUCAUUAUUUUCAAACCUACGACUGGUUGAUGCUGAUGACUAUAGUUACACUUGGAUACAUUGGUUGGAUGGCCUAUCUUGUUCUCCACGUACUGCAAUCAUAUACUUCUUUGCCAGGAAGCAUCUAUAGGAAAAAUACUGAAGCGGUUAAUCAAAUGAAAAAUAAUAGAGUAUAUUUAUAUGGAUAUCUAUUGAUGGCUAUACUUUCCAUUGUACUGUUUCUGGAGCAUUCGCCUCCCCUUUACCAUGCAUAUGUUGCAAUGACAGUAUUCUUGUGGACGAAAAUACUUAGUGAAAGGCAGUUUCUAAAAGCAGUGUGGAGACAUUUAUCAGGCAGCAAAUUUAGUUCGACUGUAAAACUUUUAGCCACUUCUGCUGUGUCCAUAUGCAUACUUGAAGUUCUGGUGCAUAGCUUCACUGAAAGGAAACUUUACACUUGGUGUUUCCUGAUUGUUGGGGUGGUUUCUGUAGUUUAUCUUUUUCACUCUUUACCAGGGAGAUCUAUGAUACCUAUAUUUGUAUGGAUUGCUUGUUGGUUUUUGUCAAUUUUCACUCUUAUGCCUGCGGAAAUUCCUGAUAACACUCAGUUGGUAACUGCUAGUGGUCCUAUGUUUAUCCUGAUGGGAGUGGCGUCUAGAUGGUUUGAUUUUGGUACCAAAAAAAAUAAGUAUUGGUUACGCAUUCUUUGUUGUGACAAAAAGGUCGUUGGGUUUCCAAUGCUCUUUCACUUGCAGGCUUUUCUUGUUGCUCUGUCUUCGGUGAUGGUGGCAUUAUCCACUGCCCACAGAACUAAGAAUCAAGAACUAAAUACGCUGCACCAGUUGAUAAAUUGGUCCAUAGCUGGUUUUUCUUUGGUUCUCCCUCUGUUCUCGUCAACUGGCCUUGUGGACCGACUUACUUCUAUCUUUCUUGGUUUUGCACCUUCUUUUCUACUUCUAUCAAUUGGAUAUGAAGCUGUUUUCUAUGGUUCCCUAGGUCUUGUGCUUAUAGCAUGGAUAUUGUUUGAGUGUGCAGUCCUCUAUUUGAGCAAAGAAAAAUUAUCCUCUACUUCAUUGCAAAGCGCAGAGGAUAAAGUCUUUCUUAAUCAUGAUGAAAGAUGUUUAGUGUUGUCCGAUGUGAGAAUUCCAUUGAUCUUUAUGGUCUUGUUUAAUGUGGCCUUUUUUGGUACGGGAAACUUUGCUAGUAUUGCAAGCUUUGAGAUUUCAUCUGUUUAUCGGUUCAUCACAGUUUUCAGUCCAUUUCUGAUGGCAGCCCUGCUAAUAUUCAAGUUGUUCAUCCCGUUCAUGCUUGUCAUAUGUACAUUUAGUGCAAUAACCAAGUUAGCAAGAGUUCCACGUAUGGGGUUCUAUUUCCUUGUUAUUUUAUUUUCGGAUGUAAUGACCAUUCAUUUCUUCUUCAAGGUACGAAAUUCGGGAAGUUGGAUGGAAAUAGGUAACAGCAUCAGUCAUUUUGGCAUCGUGAGUGCCCAAGUUGUUUUUGUGCUGCUGCUGUUUGCCCUCACAAAUAUUUACACGAAAGAUAUUGAAAUUGGAUCACAUGAGACAUCUCGGAAAGCAAUGUAGUCAAUCUGAACCUGGAAUUUUGACCUUUAUUUCAAUGAGCAGAUAUUUCUAUGUACAGCGGCUCUUUGCAAUUCUUACUGUAACUUACACUAUAUUUAACAGCAAUUGUAGGGGGUGUAAUUGUUUUUGGACUGAUGGUGCCUGUAUUUCGGCCAGGGUAUGUUUUCCAAUAUAAACAAUUUGCUUUGUAGGGGUGAUUGUUUUUGUACUGAUUGGUGCCUCUAUUU